AUGUGGGGAAUCACAGGAAUGGACGUCACGAAACGCGUCGGAGCGUCGUCUCCGAUGCGCCAAGAAGCGAGGCAAAGAAGCUUCUUUAGAAGGGGAGGGGGAGGUGGUGGUAGUGGAGGAGGUGGAGGAGGAGGCAUUGGAGGAUUCUUCAGCGGAUUGUUUAAGCGGCAUUACUGCUGCUCGCCAGUGGUUGCUAUCGUGCUCAUUUGGCUGAUCGGCUUUGGCAUCUGGAAUAGCGGCCUUUUCAGAAGCCGAAAUCCCUCCCCAUCUGCUCCCACCAUCGGGGAAGACGACGAUUUCUAUGCCAGCGGCCAGCCUGGCGAUGACGCAUGGACGGCAAAGUCAGCCAAGACCUCUCAACCGACCAUCACCGGCACCAAUCCCUCUCUUUCUGACGCGUCUGACGACGACGAUGACCCCUGGUCCUCCAAAAACACCAACCCCGGUGGUUCGGUGACGUCGCCCAGCCUCGGCAACGCAGGUUCGGAAAGCGAUUAUGGGGAUGGUCUAGGAGGAUCGGAAGGAUCGGAAGCAGCAGGAGGAGUAGCAGUUGGGAAAGAUAGCAAUAUCAACGCUGACACGCCUAAACCAGCGGCUAAGGCUGGAUGGUUUUCUUGGCUAUGGGGGGGUAAGAAGAAGGAGGAGAACACUAGCGCUGCACCAGAGGAGGAGGGUGAAGAUAGCUUAACCGGAACAGGCGGGCCUGGGGUUGGUCGGACAGGAGGGUUUGGCGGCCUGCCGUCAACGGGUAUGGGGGAUGAUGAGGAUGAGGAGAGCGGUGGUGGUGGUGUGGGUGGAGGGAGAGGGAGUGCGAAGGGAGGGGCGUUCGGGGCUCGAGAUGAGGGGGCGGCCGAUGAGGCCCCCAGUGUGGAGGACGCGCAGGUGGAGGAGGAGGAGGAGGCUCCGGGGGAGGAUGAUGAGGGGCUGCUUGAUUUCGCCUCGCUGCGCAUCCCAGGCACUGGCGUUAGAGGCACUAAGGUGAUGGAUCUGGAGAGGCAGCUGGCGUGUGUGGCGAGGGAGGGGCGGUGGGCGCUCAACUCGACGCCUCGCUGGCUGCCGUGGGACCUCAACCCGCUCACAGUGAAGGAGCAGCCCAACUACCGCACCUGCGACAUGCUGCACGCCCAGCGAGAGGGCGGCAUAUACGGCCUCCAAGCCGAACGAAUCCGCCAGAAGUACUCCCGAGCCUCCCGCCGCCGAGGCUCGGUUGUGCCGGACUGGAAGGUUCGGCGGGAGGUGCUGUACGAGUGGCGCAGCAGCGAGCCGGAGCGGUGCCCCUUCGUGCGGUUCGACCGCAAGGGGUUCUGCCGGGCAGUACGGGGGCGCAACGUGGUGCUGGUGGGGGAUGCCUUCAGCCUUGAUAUGCACGAUGCUGUUUUGAACCAUCUGGUCACUGCUGGGACGAAGAGAGAUGCUGGUCGACUGGGCGAUGGAUGGGCCAAUGCCACGGAGGGUGCAUGCUUUGAGGCAGGCCACCAGCUGUGCACCGACGUCCCUAUUACCCCCACCUUCGCUCUCCCCUCCUCCACUGCCUCUGGCUCAUACGGCAAAGGUCCCCCUGACACCACUGGCGCAGCAGCAGCAGCAGCAGCAGCAGCAGCAGGAGGAGGAAGGGGAGGGGGAGAUGGGAUGGAGGGAGAUGAGGAAGGUGGGAGGGCGAGCAGCAUAGCGUCUGUGCGAGGGAAGGAACGCAGGAGGCGAGGGAGGAGGCAGGGGGGAGGCACUCGAGGCCGCGUGCUGCUGUGGGAGUCAGAUGGGAGCGAGGAGGAGGACGAGGAGGAGGGGGCGGAGGGGACGGAGGGAGGGCGAGGAGGGGGAGGAGGGGGAGUUGGCGGAGUUGGAGGGAGAGGAGUGCCUCAAGGGGGCUCCAUCAGAGGAGGAGAGGGGGAUGAGGAGGAUGAGGAAGAGGGGGGCAGCGGUGGUGGUGGCAGCAAUGGCUGGAGUUCAGGGGAGGCAGUGCGAGAGCUGUACCCGGACAUGCUGGUCUUCUGGCGCAACUCCCCUGCCUUUUUCACAUGUAUCCUUCCUGUGCCUCCCUUCCCUCCCUGCAAAUCAGAGGAUCUAAUGCUGCAGGAAGUGCGAGACACCCUAGAGGCAGUGAGGGAGCUGUACCCAGACAUGCUGGUCAUCUGGCGCAACUCCCCUGCCUUUUUCACAUGUAUCCUUCCUGUGCCUCCCUUCCCUCCCUGCAAAUCAGAGGAUCUAAUGCUGCAGGAAGUGCGAGACACCCUAGAGGCAGUGAGGGAGCUGUACCCAGACAUGCUGGUCAUCUGGCGCAACUCCCCUGCCUUUUUCACAUGUAUCCUUCCUGUGCCUCCCUUCCCUCCCUGCAAAUCAGAGGAUCUAAUGCUGCAGGAAGUGCGAGACACCCUAGAGGCAGUGAGGGAGCUGUACCCAGACAUGCUGGUCAUCUGGCGCAACUCCCCCGCGGACCACCCCACGUAUUCCCCUUUCCCUCCAUGUAUCCCUCCCCCCUUUCUCAUUCCCUUCCCAGAGGACCUGAUGCUUCAGGAGGUGCGAGACACACUUGAGGCAGUGAGAGAGCUCUACCCAGACAUGCUGGUCAUCUGGCGCAACUCCCCUGCGGGGCACCCCAGCUGCCACCGCUUCACCCGCCCCCUCAAGCGCCGCCCCAAGCCACUGCAGCUCAAGGGGCAGCUGCCUGCCACGUGGACCAGACAUGCCGAGAUGAACGCUGCUGUGCGGUCGCUGCUCAAGGAGUACGGAGUGGUGUAUCUAGACGUUGACUCAGCCACCUCAUUACGCCCUGACGGCCACCACAGGCGGCUGGACGGCACAGUGGACUGCCGCCACUACUGCAUGCCCAGCCCCCUCGACCACUGGGUCUCGGCGUCUCGCUGCUCUACAACCUGCUCCGCCUCAUUGAUACCCACUCCCAGCAGCCUGUCAACCCCAGUCUCCUGCUGGCAGACCCUCACGUGGCUGCUCUCCCAUUCUCUUCCUUCCCUCCCCCCUUCCCUCCCAGGAGUACGGAGUGGUUUACCUAGGGACGUUGACUCAGCCACCUCGCUCCGCCCCGACGGCCACCACAGGCGGCUGGACGGCACAGUGGACUGCCGCCACUACUGCAUGCCCGGCCCCCUCGACCACUGGGUCUCGCUGCUCUACAACCUGCUCCGCCUCAUUGAUACCCACUCCCAGCAGCCACAGCAGCCUGUCAGCCCCAGUCUCCUGCCCGUGCACCCUCAAUUGACUGCUCUCCCAUUCUCUCCCUUCCCUAUUCCCCUCUGUAACUCUCAGGAGUACGGAGUGGUGUAUCUAGACGUUGACUCAGCCACCUCAUUACGCCCUGACGGCCACCACAGGCGGCUGGACGGCACAGUGGACUGCCGCCACUACUGCAUGCCCGGCCCCCUCGACCACUGGGUAGAGGAGGGAGGUGUGGGCGAGGGAGGAAGAGAUGGUAACAGAGAGGGGGAGGAGGAGAAGGGUGGUAAAGGGGAGAGCCGAGGGGAGGAGGGCGGGGAUGGGAGUGCGGGAAUACGGGAUGCGGCAGGGGAACGCGGGGCGGAAGAGGGGAUUGCGCGAGCCGUGGAAGGGCGGAAAGAGGAUGUGGCGGGCAGUGGGGAAGGGAGGGAGGCUGGCAUUGGGGAAGCAGGGAAAGAUGCGGGAGAAGAAGCUAAGGAAAGUGACGGGGCUGUUGCGAGGCCUUUAGGGGCAGACGGACAGGAGGGUGGUGAUGAGGGGGGGAGAGAGGAGGCGGGGACAAAGGAGGUACCAGAGCAAGGGGCAGCAGAGGAAGGAGCAGCGGAGCAAGGAGCAGGUGGGCAGAGUGCAGGUGAACAGGGAGCAGUGGCGGAAGGUGCAGGAGCAGGAGCAGGGGGCGAGGGAGGCGGAGCAGCAGGAGUUUCGGAUGAAGGGAAGGAGGGAGGGGAGGCUGGUGGUGUGAAGGAAACAGAGGGCUCGGAAGAGGAAGCAGGGGAGGCAGGGCAGGGAGACAAGAAAACGGAAGAAUCCCAUCUUCCCCUCAGUCCGUCCCCAUUCAUGUAUACAUUACUCUCCACCGUUUUCCUCACAGCGCCCUGCAGGAACUACUCAGAGUGCAUCCCCGGCAUGGCACUGCGGGGCGCACAGGCAGUGGAGCAGAGCAACCGUGAGAUGGCAUGUCUGAAAUCCCUCCUUUCUUUCCUUGUUUUCUCUCUCAAAUCCCCCAAUUCCCCCUCACAGCGCCCUGCAGGAACUACUCGGACGCCCUGCUGGAACUACACAGAGUGCAUCCCCGGGACGGCAGUGCGGGGCGCACAGGCAGUGGAGCAGACCAACCGUGAGAUGGCGUGUCUGGCGAAGGAGGGCCGUUGGAUCAAGUUCAACACGCCCCGCUGGCAGCCCUGGAGCAAGGACCCCAACCGCAACCCCCUUGCACCCCAUUAUGGCACUUGUGACAUCCUGCAUCGCAGAAACAAGGGCGUGUUCGGCAAGGCAGCGGAGGACAUCCGGGUGUCGGGCACGGGUGAUUGGAACGUUCGGCCGGAGCUGAAGCACACGUGGAAGGCCAGCCGCUUCUGCCCGCCGCUCAACGGGUACAACCGCGACAAGUUCUGCCGGGCCGUGGGGCAUCGCAACGUGGUGUUUGUGGGGGAUCAGUCGCAGCUGGCGCUGCACGACGUGUUUAUUAACCACGUUCUUACCAUGAAGACCGCAAAGGAUAUUGGCACGGCUGCUGAUGCAUGGGAGGAGAACGAGAUUCCGUUGUGCCAUCGCAAGCCACACAUCGUGUGCUCGGACCACGUGCCCGGGGGAUUCACCUUCCGAGUGGUGCACAACAACCUGCUCUCUCCCGACUCAGCGGGCGGGGGCAAGUUCAACCAGCGCUGGCUGCGGCACCUCAGCGAGUGGAACACAUCCAUCAUCGUCCUCAACAAAGGCUUUGAGAAGAGACCAACGCCCAAGUACCUGUCCACGCUGCGCGCAUCGCUGGCGAAGCUGCGAGAGGUGGCACCGGAUGUGCUGCUGGUGUGGCGCAACACGUGGCGCGGCCACCCCGACUGCGGCAACGCCACGGAGCCACUGAAAGCCGUGCCGCACAAUGAGACAAUGGACAGCCCGUGGAGCUACGUGGUGGAACAGAACGAAGGGGCCAAGGCCAUUGUGAAGGAAUUUGGAGGCCUUUACAUUGAUCUUGAUUGGUCGCUGUCAAUGCGCCCCGACGGACACAUCAAGAAGCUAGACGGGCAGUCCGUGUACUCAACUAGAUUCGAAUCUGACGUGGCGUAUCGCGGAUGCGAUGUUUACGUGUCAAUUGCGUGGAGCGGAUCUUUGCAGCAACCACCUCCUCCUCUCCCUCGUUCGGUGCACUGCUGGCGCCAAGCGCUAGGGGAGAUGGGGAACAUGCACGGCGGAAUGGCGGCCCUCAUCGUUCUCCAGGUGCAGGCGCAGUUAUGCUUGCCCGGCGCCCCAAGCAGCCGCGCGAUUUCCGCGGCGAGAUCUGCCGCGCAGAGCCGCGAGAGCGUCAGGAGUCGCCGCGUGAGCCUCGCGCCCUGCCCCAGCGCACGCAGCCGCAUUGGCGCAAGCGGGCGCAUGGGCGCGGGGAGCAGCGCGCUGCACAGCGAUGAGCGCUGGCGCAAACUCCUUUCCGCCACCGCGAAGCCGAAAUGGGGACAUACGUUCAAGCGCACCACUCCCAGAUGGACGGCGGCAGUCGUCCCCUCCACCAAGCCCUCCAAACGCCAAUCGGAGCCUCAGCACACCUCCCACUCUCACCACAAUGCUCACAGCACCAACACCACCACCAGCAGCAGCACCAGCAGCAGCAGCAGCAGCAGCAGCAGCAGCAAGGGCAGGGCGAUCGCCACAGUGCCGCGCGCACCUUCCGCGCCCAUCCCGCGCGAGCCGGCCACUCGCCGCCUCUUCGCGAACUUCUCCAGAUCCGGCCGGAAACGGCCCCUGUGGAAGCAGGCGGGCAUGUGGAUCGCAGGGGCGGCCGCAGCAGCAGUGGGCGUGCAAGUCAGCGCGCAGGUGCUCGAGGCGCUGGACAAGGUGCCGUUCCUGGCGGAUCUCGAGGUCCUGGUGGGUACGGGCGUGGCGCUCAACUUCCUCUCCUCCUACGUGCGCGGAGGCCCGGCACGAGCGCGAGUGCAAUCAGGAAUCGACAGCAUAGUGGACAGCAUCAGGGGCUUUGACUCUCCCGCUGACUCCGACCUUCAGCUGCAGCUGCAACAGCUUGUUGCCGACACCACCGCCGAGGCCGCCCGGUCGCAGGCGCUGCAGGCCCGGGCGGCGGAUCUGAACCAGUCGCUGCAGGCCAGCAAGCGGGCGGCGCAGGCGGCCGCCCAGAAGCUGGAGGAGCUGCGGGCGGCCAACGGGCGGCUGCAGGCGGAGCGGAGCGAGUCCCGGGCGGCCAUGGGCGGACUGCAGCAGCAAGUGGCGUCUCUGUCUGCUGCUCUGGGGAACCUCACGGCUGAUACUGAUGCCCUGAAGCAGUCUAAAGAGAAGCUGGCGUCCAAGGUGCAGGCAGCACUCACGGACAACCAGUCGCUCCAAGCCAGCCUGGCAUCAGCUAAAUCCCGGCAGCAGCAGCAGGUGGCGGCAGCAGAGGCGAUGAGGGCACAGCUGAGAGCCGCCGAGGUCACACUGGGUGAAAGGGAGGAGGCGCUCAGGCGGGCGCAGGCGGAGAGCGCACAGGAGAAGAUGACUUACACCGCCCGGCUUGAGGGCGUGAAGAAGGAGAGAGAUGAAGCCUUGGCAGCGGUGGUGGUGGUGGAGGCGAGGCUGGCAGCACUGGAAGCCACGCUGCAGCAAGCAGCACAGAAGGAGAGGGACGAAGCACAGGCAGCGGUGGUGGUGGUGGAGGCUCGGCUGGCAGCAUUGGAAGCAAAACUGCAGCAAGCAGCACAGACCCGGACAGAAAUCUUUAAAAACAACGCAGAGCUAAAAGCACGACUCGAAUCCGUCUUGCAGCAAAACCGCGACCUUGCCACCCAGGCCGCCCGCAUGGAGGAGAGCGGCCGGCAGGGGGAGCUGAGGAGGGCCGAGGAGGAGAAGCAGAAAUACAUGGAGGCGUGUGAUUGGCUGGAGAAGCAGCUGGCGACUCUCAAGGCGGAGAAUGAGACGACGAUCGCCGACCUUCGCUCGUCUCUGGCGUUUGCCGAGCAACGGGCCAAGGAGGAGGGUGCCAAGGUGGUUCAGCUGCGCGCUGAGCUGGACAAGCAGACGAAAGACGCCGACCGCCACAAGGCCGCGCUGAGAAAGAAGGUGGCUGAGCUGGAGGGCAAGCUCGGAUCCAGCCAAUCGCAGCUCUCCAUUGCCGAGAAGGCCCUUGCCACUGCCAUGGCUGCAGCCAAUCGCACCCGAGGAGUCAACGCUCUCGUGCUGGACCUGGUGAGCAAGGGAGCGGAGGAGCAGUGGGCACGGAAGCAUGUGACCGAGGCUCUUCUCAAGCCUGCCCUGGCGGCUGCUGAUGCCGCUGCUGCUGCUAAGACGAGCACUGCUGCUGGUGUUGGCAAGGCAGGCAAGAAGGCCGUGAGCAAGGAGGCAUUGCAGUCGUAUGCGAGGGCCAUCCAGCAUGCCUACAUCGACGACUCCAUCCCCGUCAAGGAGCAGCAGGCGGGCAUGCAGCUGCUCGUGCAGGAGUUGGUGGCGAUGGGAGGAGAGGAGGAGUGGGCGCGCAACUUCGUGCAUGACUCCAUGGUUGCCUCACCUGCCAGCCCGCACAAGUGA